UUUUUUUUUUUCUUUUUUAAUUAUAAUAAUAAUAAUCUCUAUUUCCCACAAUGGCUUUUACUGCUUCAGAUAUUUGUAAAAUUAUUUUUGCUGUUAUUUUACCACCUCUUGGCGUCUUUCUUGAAAGAGGAUGUACUAUUGAUCUUUUAAUUAAUAUUGGUUUGACUUGUCUUGGUUAUAUUCCUGGUAUCAUUCAUGCACUUUAUAUUAUACUAAAGUACUAGAAACAGAAUCAAUAUCGAGAUAAUUUAAACUCCUAUUUACUUAUUAUGCUACUACUAACUACAACUACUAACUACUACUACUACGAACAAAACCGUCAGAAGAACACGACAACCUCCUCUUACUUUCUUUUUUUUUCUUUUUCUUUUUCUCUUUUUCUUUUUCUUUGCUUAAUAUGAAAUAAUAAACUGUAUAUUUAUAUAUAAACUUAGUAGCAGCAUAUAUGCUAUAAUUAUUAUGUAAUUCUCGUUAUU